ACAGACAUGAUCUGUGGAGGCAACUGGGAGGCGAGACGAGGCGAGGUGGAUGAUCAUUCAUGACUACUGUGUGUUGUUGUUUGUUUUGCUCGUGCUUGUUGCUUUUGCGUGGAUGUGCUGCCAUUGCCAACUAACAAUUUGCAUAGGUAAUGGGUAUUCAAACCUAGGCACUCGGUAUUGCAAAAAUGUGUGCGCUCGUGUCGAGAAUGAUCCAGAGACCACACAACAAGUGGAAGGUUUCGCAUCGGCUGGCCUAGCGCAUUGACUUUUGGACAGAAUUUUCGGUCGCGGCGUGACAGAGAGAAUGGAAAAUUGGAUCGAACCACGAAUGAAUUGGACGAGGAAUGCCUCUGUGCUCGCCUCUGUGCUCGGGGGACUGUGUAGGCGCGAGAGUCUGUUGAUUCUUUUGACUGCACAUGUGCAUGUUCGUCCUAUAGAUCAGCAGAUACGUCAGCUCUCGCAAGUCAAGUCAGUC